ACUACAGGGUGCAGCCAGAUGAGGACAGUCGGAUAAGGAAUUUGUUGUGGUCAACAGGAGCAAGCAGGUCUCAGUACCAUUUCUUCGGAGAUGCAAUAACAUUUGACACCACGUACCGGACAAAUAUGUAUGACAUGCCUUUCGGCUUAUUUGUGGGAGUCAACAAAUCACUUCCAGACUAUUAUCUUUGGCGGCGUCCUGGUUCGAGAUGAGACAGUUGAAACCUUUGAGUGGGUAUUCACCGAGUUCAUCCGUAUGAUGGGUGGUAAACACCCAUAAACUGUACUUACAGAUCAGUGCAGGGCGAUGGAGCUAGCACUGGAGAAGGUCAUGCCUGACACAACUCACAGGUGGUGCAAGUGGCACGUGCUCAAGAGUGCAAAGGAAAAACUUGGCCCACUUUAUACAAAACGAAGCAAAUUCAGAUCAGAGUUUCACAAGAUAAUCCAACACAUGCUAACAGUUGAUGAGUUUGAGACCGCAUGGAAGGAUCUGGUAGAAAGUCAUGGUUUACAAACACACCCUUACCUCACAAACAUCUAUGAAACAAGGGAGAAAUGGGCAAAGCCAUACUUCAACGGCAAAUUCUGCGCGAAGAUGACAAGCACACAGCGCAGCGAGAGUGCCAACCACAUGCUGAAGGGUUAUGUCCCAGCAAGUUGCCCAAUGCACCUAUUUGUCCGUCAAUACAUGAGGCUACUUUUCGAUAGGGAGGCAAGUGAAAACUAUGAAGAGAGGCGUACAAAAAUAACAUCCCCAGUAAUGAAAAUGAAUGCACCACUUGAAAUGCAUGCCAGUGAGAUAUACACCCGGGUUAUGUUCGAUAAGUUUGGCGAUGUUGUGUAUGAAUCAAUGCAGUACAAAGUAGAAGAGGUCUGCAAGGGAGAAACUUAUUUGGUACGGCGAUACCAUCCAGAAAAACAUGAGAAAUGGUGCAGAGUAGUAUACAGGGUAGAAGUUGACAAACUAGCAGACAAACUGAGGUGUGAGUGUGCUAACUUCGAGCACACAGGCUUGCUUUGCUGCCAUUCAGUGAAGGUCCUCGACUUCCUUGGUAUAGACCGUAUACCAGCACAACAUAUUUUGAAACGAUGGACAAAGGACGCACGAGAUGUUCUACCAAAUCAUCUAUCACACCUCCAGAAGGACAGCAUUUCUCUGAACUCAAUUACAUUCAGGCACUCAAACUUGUACACUCAUGCUCUCGAAAUUGUGCGCUUGGGUGAUUCCAACACAGAAGCAUACAAGUGUGCCAUGGAUAUCCUAAAGAAAGCAAUGGACACAUUGACUCCAAUAGCAGCCUUGCAGGAUGGUAUGGGCUUGGAAGCAAGAAUUGAGACACAAAAAAUAAAACAAAAAGAUUUGGUUCCCCUGUCUGUCCCCUACAACACAGCGUGCAGUGAUGCUGAAGGAAGUGCAGUUGGUAAUUUCAGUGGCCUCAGAGCUCCAGAACACAAACGGAAACCAGGGCGACCAACCACCAGCAGGGACAAACCUCCAUACGACGACCGGAGUGCAAAGAAUAAGUCACACACUCCUAAUGUGCAUGCUGCGAAUGAUUGUGGCACAAGUAAGCGAACUCGCUUCUGUAGUAUAUGCCGGGAACCAGGGCACAAGAGCCCCACAUGCCCGAAGAGAGGUGACAUGCCUCACAAAGAGAGGAAAGAAGCAAAAUGCUCAAAUUGUGGGGUUGGUGGCCACAGGAAGAAUACUUGCAACAAGAUUAAGGUCAUCCUGCAUGUUGUUCCAUCUACUGGAUUCGACCCAAGCACCAUUUGUGAAUGAUUAUACUCUACAUUGCAAAUCUAUCUUGAUGAGGGCUCUGCAGCCAUUCGUUUGCAAAACGAGAAAAGAAAUUGUUAAAAAACAGUUGGUAGUUUUCCGUCCUGUGAGGUGUAUCAGUAUGCUUCAUGCAGAAAUAAUGUUUCAAUUUGUUGUUUUCAUAAAUUAGUAGCUGUGGUUGUUUUCCAGCCUGCAGUCGCUUCCCUGUAAAGAACAUAUGGUGGUUUUCUGUCUUUUGAGAUGUAUCAUCAGUAUGCUUCAUGCAGACAUAAAUGUUUGAAUUUGUUGUU